AUGAUGCGCAGUUCUGUUUCAACUGGUGGUGCUGGCCGCCUUUCUAUGCAAGAGUUGAGAUCCCAGGACCUUAAUAGACAAGGCCUCUAUACCCCUCAAAACAAAGAGAAAUUUGGAAAAUUGAGUUUAAACAGAUCCACCUCUGCCACAUCUGAAAGAAAAGUCUCUGUGUUUGGAAAAAGGACCAGUGGACCUGGAUCCCGGAAUAGUCAGUUGGGCAUAUUUUCCACUUCUGAAAAAAUCAAGGAUCCAAGACCACUUAAUGACAAAACAUUCAUUCAACAAUGUAUUCGACAACUCUGUGAGUUUCUUACAGAAAAUGGUUAUGCAUACAGUAUAUCCAUGAAGUCUCUACAAGCCCCAUCUGUUAAAGAUUUCCUGAAGAUCUUCACUUUUCUGUAUAGCUUCCUGUGCCCUUCGUAUGAGCUUCCUGAUACAAAGUUUGAAGAAGAGGUGCCAAGAAUCUUUAAGGAUCUUGGGUAUCCUUUUGCAUUGUCCAAGAGCUCCAUGUAUACGGUGGGAGCCCCUCACACAUGGCCUCACAUUGUGGCAGCAUUGGUUUGGCUAAUAGACUGCAUCAAGUUAUACACUGCCAUGAAAGAGAGUUCACCUUCAUUUGAUGAUGGACAUCCUUGGGGAGAGGAAACUGAAGAUGGAAUUAUGCAUAAUAAGUUGUUUUUAGAGUAUACCAUCAAAUGCUACGAGGGCUUCAUGUCUGGCGUUGACAGCUAUGUUGAGAUUAAUGCAGAAUUGCAGUCAAAGUUGAAGGAUAUAUUUAAUGUAGAUGCUUCAAAGUUGGAAUUAUUAGCAGCAAAAAACAAAGCACUGACUGAGCAGAUAGCAAGAUUGGAAAAAGACAGAGAAAAAGAACCGAGUCGUCUAGAGUCAUUGAGAAAACUCAAAGCUUCUUUACAAGUGGAUGUUCAAAAAUACCAGGCAUACAUGAGCAAUCUGGAGUCUCAUUCAGCCAUCCUUGACCAAAAAUUGAAGAGUCUUGAUGAAGAUAUUGCUAGACUAGAACUAGAAUGUGAAACAAUAAAACGGGAGAAUAUGCACCUACAGAAUACUGUUGAUAACCAGAAAUACUCAGUUGCAGACAUUGAGAGAAUAAAUCAUGAAAGAAAUGAAUUGCAGCAAACCAUUAAUAAAUUAACCAGAGACCUGCAGGAUGAACAACAGCAGUUGUGGAAUGAGGAGCUCAAAUACGCCAGAGGCAAAGAGACGAUUGAAGCACAGUUAACAGAAUACCACAAAUUGGCUAGAAAAUUAAAACUUAUCCCGAAGGGUGCAGAGAAUUCCAGAGGUUAUGACUUUGAAAUUAAGUUUAAUCCUGAAGCUGGUGCCAACUGCCUUGUCAAAUAUAAGACACAAGUUUAUGUACCACUCAAGGAACUCCUGAACCAAACUGAAGAAGAGAUUAAUAAAGUUCUACACAAAAAAAUGGGCUUAGAAGAUACCUUAGAGCAAUUGAAUAUAAUGGUGACAGAAAACAGGAGAAAUGUAAGAACUCUGAAAGAAGAAGUUCAAAAGCUGGAUGACCUUUAUCAACACAAAGUUAAGGAAGAUGAGGAAGAGGACAAAAAAUGUGCUAAUGAACUUGAGUCCUUGGAGAAACAUAAGAAUCUGCUUGAGCGUGGUGUUAAUGAGGGCCUCAGUGAAGCUAUGGAUGAAUUAGAUACUAUUCAGCGAGAAUACCAGCUAGUUGUACAAAACACAAGUGAAGAAAGGCGAAAGGUGGGAAAUAAUCUACAACGUCUUUUAGAAAUGGUUGCUAUGCACGUGGGCUCUGUAGAGGAGAAAGUGGUUCUUUAA